AUGACCACAAGAUAAAGCCCCUCCUCCCAACGAAAGCGAAAACCCCUCCCUCCACUCGUCCCCACCCCGUUCGGCGAAAUGCCGCCGCCGCCGCUCUUCCUCUCGCUCCCCUCGCCGCCGCCUCCGCUCCUUCCUGUCCACCUCCAUCCCAAGGCUCCGCAAUCUCUGACCCUAGAACUGCUUGCCACCUCCUCCAGGAAGGCCGCCCUUCUCGCCUGCUCCGUCGCCUCCCCGCGCCACUCCGACUACUUCGACCCCCGGGCCCCGCCGCCGCCGCCGCCGCCGCCGCGGGGGGACGGGUACGGGCGGCCGCCGCCUCUGAACGGCGGGCAGGAAGGGAGGGUGUUCACUAGCUACACCAUCUACAAGGGCAAGGCUGCGCUGUCGUUCGACCCGAGGCCGCCUCAGUUCGUGCCGCUCGAUUCUGGGGCAUACAAGGUGGCGAAAGAGGGGUUCGUGCUGCUGCAGUUCGCGCCCGCCGUGGCCACACGGCAGUAUGAUUGGACUCGCAAGCAGGUGUUCUCAUUAUCUGUGUGGGAGAUAGGAACCUUGCUUAGUCUUGGUCCAACAGAUUCAUGCGAGUUCUUUCAUGAUCCUUUCAAGGGGAGGAGCGAUGAAGGUAAAGUGCGCAAAGUUCUUAAGGUCGAGCCGACACCAGAUGGAAAUGGUCGCUUUUUCAAUCUCAGUGUCCAAAACCGUCUUCUGAACAUUGAUGAGAGCAUUUACAUCCCCAUAAGCAAAGGAGAAUUUGCUGUCAUUGUAUCGACUUUCAAUUACAUCAUCCCACACCUCAUGGGCUGGAGCACAUUUACAAGUUCUAUCAAACCCGAGGAUUCACGGCCAUACAACAGGCCACAGUCCGGACCUGAAUAUGAGUGGCGAAGGUGAUCGAUGAUGCACAUGCAGGGAGUGGCCACAACUCAAAGGAUGAUAUUGUUUGAUUUGGUGCAUAACUUUCGGGUAGUCUGUGAUGUGGUUAGUUGAUGAAUGCCUUUUGGGGUUACUCCUUUUAUUCCCUUUCUAGUUAAGCAGGCAGGGGUAGGGCUCCUGCUAUUCAGAAUUUCUCUGCUGUCUAGAGUUGCAACAAAUCUCAGUUCUGACUUACGAGGCAGCAGCAAAUCCCCGUUGUUGAAGUGAGCGACUGCACGCCAAGGUGCUAAGGCCCCUCAUGUCAGUUCUUUGUGGUGUGCAACUGAGAAAUGACUUGACUUGUACUGCCAGAGAAAGGAUGACAUUUCGUUCUUGGAAUACUUACCUUAGAUUAUUGUAAAUGCAGUCUUUGCUGGAAGCUACUACGCUGCUACCCGAUGGAUGUUUAGAUGAA